AUGGGUCCGCCGCAUACCGCGGUUGGUGACCAGGUGGAUGCCGUCGCGCAGGAUACCACACUACUGUCGGCUGCCGACUGUGAAUUUAUCAAGGAAUUCCAAGGCUCCCUGUCCGCCGAAACGGCCAAUGACCGAGACUGUGGGGGAUUAUCGACGGCCAUACUUCGUCACUUGGGUCAUUUCAAGGAACGGAUCCAGGUCGAGUGCGUUGGAAGUGAACAAGGUCAACAGGACCACACAUUGGCUGCGCUCCCACCUCUUCCUGAUGUCUGGGGUCCAGUAAUAGCCGAGGCACGCGCUUCGCAGGGAGGGCCUGAAGUCAGCAUCACUGGGCCCGGUCCUGAUGAUCACUUUCAAGUGCAUGUCAGCAGUCCUGACGAUGCCUCGCGCACGAUUGCAUUCGUCGCCGGAGUUGAUGCUGCAUGUCGGAUAAUAAAAGGCAUGUACCACCACUGCGUGCUGGUCAUUAAGAAGCAUCGAGAGCUCGAAGAACGCCAAAGUCGUCUCAGACAACCGGCCGAGUCGACCGUAAGCGAACACAUCAAACUCCUUCGUCAGUACAACAAAGUCAAAGACGUCGGGCAACAACUCAUCGGACUGAAUGCCGACAACCGUGGUGUCCCCGUCGGAUCGCUAUACACUGACGAACACUAUGGAGUGGGACCCAAGGACUAG